CUCCCCUCCCCUCUCCUCCCCUCCCCUCCCCUCCCCUCCCCUCCCCUCCCCUCCCCUCCCCUCUCCUCCCCUCCCCUCCCCUCCCCUCCCCUCCCCUCCCCUCCACCACUCUCUCUGUGUGAACAUGCAGACUCGCCGCUGGAUUUUACUUCUCUCCGCUCUGCACGGGCUGGUGUUGCCGUGUGCGGGGGGGCGUUGGCGUCGACACCUGGACCAGUUGGGGGCGAUGAUUGGCUGCCGGUCGGGCCACGCCUGGGUCGACUACGUUGACUACGGUUGCUACUGUGGGCUCGGUGGUCACGGCGACCCCCUCGACAACGUGGACCGGUGUUGCCGUCAGCACGAUCGCUGUUACGGGGGUCUGGGGUCGGGGGGUUUCUGCCGCUGGUUCCACUCACCCUACUGGACGAGCUACACCUGGAGAUGCCGACAUCACACACCCCAAUGCUACGAUGCGGAUAAUACCUGUGCCCGCUCCAUCUGCACCUGCGACAAGCAGUUGGUUGACUGUCUCUCCCGCUCCACCUUCCACCCACAUCUGGUGGGCAUCAACAAGGAUGUUAUGUGCCGGUCCUGA